AUGGAUAAAAUGGAACAUUUGAAGCGAUUUUCAGCCACGAAUUUUUACUCACAAAACCAACCGUCACGUGUAUGUGUGUAUUCAAUGGACGACGAUGACGAGAACGAGAACGAACGAAACGCGACGAGCGAGAGCACGAUUCAAAAACGACGCGCACGACGGCAACGACACGGUUUGGAGCUGGAACAGAUCGCAAACCUGUGCGAACAACUCGAAUCGCACUUAAUCGCCGACGAGGAAGGGUUCGAACUGACCAAGAAGUUAGUAUCGACCAUCGUCGACGAUUCAAAAGCGAAGAUUGAAAUUGAUGAUGAGACGGAGGAGGAUGACUUUUUACGAAUCGAAGAGAAAUCCGCGUGCUUGGCGAGACACAACGCGGAGAGUUUAUUGCAAAGAAUGUUCAUGAAGAUGACGAAAAUAGGCGAGGACGAGAUGGCAGGGAAAGUUGGAGAUGCGAUUUCUUCGCUGUAUGAGAUAAAAAGGACGAGGAGGAGAAAUGGCGAUGAGAAGAAGAAGAAGAAGAAAGAUGCGAGGAGGAGAAGCGCUUCCACGUCGGAGGAGGAGGAGGACGACGACGACGAGAGAACGAUUGAAUUGAAAGCGGUGGCGUGCAGUCAAAUUGGUGCAGAAGCUACGCAGAGGAAUCCAGAGGUGCAAACGUUUCGAAUGCGGAAGAAUAAAGAGGUGGAAGUUUGCGUGCACGAAUCGAGUUGGUCGGACGCCGGGUUGGCUUUCAGAAUUUGGGGCACCGCGAGAGUCGCUUUCCGGGUGGUGGAUUUCGCGAGUGAGUAUUUUAUAGAGAAAGAAAAGACGUGUUUAGAGUUAGGAAGUGGAUGUGGAUUAAUUGGCGCGGCGAUAGCGAGUUUAGACGGUGGUCGCUGUACGGUCACGGAAGGUGCUCCGGGCGCUUUGGCGGCGUUGAGUAAGACCGCCCUCGGCGUAAACGAAGCGAGGAAGAAGGAGUCGAUGAAGGUUGCCUUUUUAGAUUGGAGAGACGAUUUAGCCGCGCUCGAAGAAGAAAAGAACGGCACCGUCGAGUGCAUCGUUACUAUUGCAAACGCGCAAUCGACGAAGUCUCCGACUCCUUCUUUCUCUUCUUCCUCCACCUGCAACUUUGUGCACGCGAACAAGGCGACGUUCGAGAACGCGCACGUCAACAUGCGCUUAGAAGACGACGCCCGAUUCGAUUGCCUCGUCGGCUCGGAUUUAAUGUACGACCGUCAACACUGCACCGCAUUAGCCGCAUCCGUCGCCCGGCGCUUGCGUCGAAACGGUGAAGCCAUAAUCUUCCUCGCCGUGCGAAGCGAAGAGUUAUUAAUCGCCUUUGGUAAAAAAUGUGCAAAACGAGGCCUCUCCGUCGGCGUCUACGCGCCGACGAAACCGCACGAUGAUUUAGAAGACUUUUCGGAAACUACCGGAGGCCACGCGAACAGACCGUUACCGGAAUCGUGCAACGAGUAUUGGGACCUCGUCGCAGAGAAGUUCUCGACGUGUUUGCUUUCCAAAGACUACGCGUCGUUCGCGCCUCUUUCAUCCGACGACGAAACAUCCAACGCGAGUAUCAGGAGUGCUCUCGAAGGCCGAUUCGCCAUGGUGCGCGUCGUCGUCCUCGCCGAGAAAGAAGAAGAUAAAGAACAAAAGCAUCACCAGGAAGUAGAAUCAGAAGAAAACGAUGAUGAAUCGUUGAAAGGCGUCCCGGUCGGCGAUGUCAAAUCUAUGCGCGUAAAGUUAUAA